AUGUAUAUCCCCAUGGUGUAUGUCCCCCUGGUGUAUGUCUCCCUGGUGUAUGUCCCUCGGUUGUAUGUGCCGCUGGUGUGUCCCCCAGUGUAUGUCCCCCUGGUGUAUUUACCCCCGGUGUUUGUCCCUCCGGUGUAUGUCACUCCGGUGUAUGUCCCUUCUGGUUGGAUGUCCCCCCGGUGUAUGUACCCCCGGUGUAUGUCCUACGGUGUAUAUCCCCCGGUGUUUGUCACCCUGGUGUAUGUCCCCCCGGUGUAUUUUCCCCCGGUGUAUGUCGCACCGGUUGUAUGUCCCCCCGGUGUAUCUCCCCCGGUUUAUGUCCCUCCGGUGUAUGUCCCCACGGUGUAUGUCCCCCUGGUGUAUGCACCCCAGUUGUAUGCCUCCCUAGGUGUAUGUCCCCCCGGUGUAUGUCCUCCAGUGUAUGGCCCCCCGGUGUAUGUCCCCUCGGUGUAUUUCCUCCCCAGUGUAUGUCUCCCGGUGUAUGUGCCCCCGGUGUAUAUCCUCCUGGUGUAUGUCCCCCUGGUGUACAUCCCCCCGGGGUAUGUCCCCCCAGUGUAUGUGCCUCCGGUUUAUGUUCCCCUGGUGUAUGUUCCCCAGGUGUAUGUCCUCCCGGUGUAUGUCCCCCGGUAUAGGUCCCCCAGGAUUUAUAUCACCCCAGUGUAUGUCUACAUCGUGUAUGACACCCUGGUGUAUUUACCCCCCUGUUGUAUGUCCCCCGGUGUAUGUCCCCGCCGAUGUAUGUCCCCAACGGUUUAUGUCCCCCCGGUGAAUAUGCCACCGGUGUUUGUCCCUCCGGUGUAUGUCCACCCGUUGUAUAUACCCCCGGUGUAUUUAUCCCCGGUGUAUGCCCCCUGCUGGUAUGUCUCCCUAUUGUAUGUCCCCCCGGUGUAUGUCCACCCGGUGCAUUUACCCCCGGUGUAUGUCCCCUCUGUGUAUGUCCCACGGUGUAUGUCCCCCCAGGUGUAUGUACCCCUGCUGUAUGUCCUCCCGUUGUAUGUACCCCUGGAGUAUGUCCCCCCGGUUUAUAUCACCCCGUUGUAUUUCUACCUCGUGUAUGUGUAUGUCACCCCUUGUAUUUACCCUCUGGUGUUUGUCCACCAGGUGUAUGUGCCCCCGGUUUAUAUCCCCCAGUUAUAUGUGCCGCCAGUUGUAUGUCCCCCGGUGUAUGUCCCGCUGGUGUAUGUCCUCUGGGUGAAUGUCCCCCCGGUGUAUGUCUCCCCCGUGAAUUUACCCCUGGUGUAUUUACCCUGGUUUUAUAUCACCCCAGUGUAUGUCUACAUUGUGUAUGUCACCCUGGUGUAUUUACCCCCCUGUGUAUCCCAGGUGUAUGCCCCCCAGGGUAUAUGUCCCCCUGUGUAUUUCCCUCCGGUGUAUGUCCCCACGGUGUAUGUCCCCCUGGUGUAUGUACCCCAGUUGUAUGCCUCCCCGGGGUAUGUCCCCGGUGCAUGUCUCCCCAUGUGUAUGUUCCCCCCGGUGUAUGUCCCCCCGGUGUAUGUCCCACGGUCUAUGUCCCCCGGGGUGUAUGUCUCCCUGGUGUAUGUCCCCGCAGUGUAUGUCCCACCGGUGUAUGUGCCUGUGGUUUAUGUCCCCCCGGUGUUUGUCCCCCCGGUGUAUCUCCCCCCGGUGUUUGUCACCCCGGUGUAUGUGCCCCCAGUGCAUGUCCCCCUCCCGGUGUAUGUCCCCAUGGUGGAUGUCCCUCCCGGUGUAUUUUUUUCGGCUGCAUUUACCCUGGUGUAUGUCUCCCCGGUGUAUGUCCCCUCGGUGUAUGCCCCCUGGGGUAUGUCCCCCGGUGUAUGUCCCCCGGUGUAUGUCCCGCCGGUGUACGUCCGCCUGGUGUAUGUCCCCCCCCGUGUAUUUACUUCUGGUGUAUUUACCCUGGUGUAUGUCCCCAUGGUGUAUGUUCCCAUGGUGUAUGUCGCCCCCGGUUGUAUGUCCGCCAUUGUAUGUCGCCCAGGGUGUAUGUUCCCACCGGUGUAUGUCACCCCGUUGUAUGUCUCCUGCGGUGUAUUCCUCCUGGUAUUUGUCCCCCCGGGGUAUGUCCUGCCGGUGUAUGUCCCCGCAGUGUAUGUUCCCCUGGUUUAUUUCCCCCAGUGUAUUUACCCCCGGUGUAUGUCCACGGUGUAUGUACCCCCGGUGUAUGUGCCCAAUGGUGUGUAUGACCCGCCGGUGUAUGUCCCUCCGGUGUAUGUCCGCACCGGUUAUGUCCCUCCGGUGUAUGUCCCGCCCGGUGUAUGCCCCUCAGUGUAUGUCCUGGCGGUGUAUGUCCCUUUGGUGUAUGUCUCCCCGCUGUAUUUAUCCCCGUGUAUGUUCCCACCGGUGUAUGUCACCCCGUUGUAUGUCUCCUGCGGUGUAUUCCUCCUGGUAUUUGUCCCCCCGGGGUAUGUCCUGCCGGUGUAUGUCCCCGCAGUGUAUGUUCCCCUGGUUUAUUUCCCCCAGUGUAUUUACCCCCGGUGUAUGUCCACGGUGUAUGUACCCCCGGUGUAUGUGCCCAAUGGUGUGUAUGACCCGCCGGUGUAUGUCCCUCCGGUGUAUGUCCGCACCGGUUAUGUCCCUCCGGUGUAUGUCCCGCCCGGUGUAUGCCCCUCAGUGUAUGUCCUGGCGGUGUAUGUCCCUUUGGUGUAUGUCUCCCCGCUGUAUUUAUCCCCGUGUAUGUUCCCACCGGUGUAUGUCACCCCGUUGUAUGUCUCCUGCGGUGUAUUCCUCCUGGUAUUUGUCCCCCCGGGGUAUGUCCUGCCGGUGUAUGUCCCCGCAGUGUAUGUUCCCCUGGUUUAUUUCCCCCAGUGUAUUUACCCCCGGUGUAUGUCCACGGUGUAUGUACCCCCGGUGUAUGUGCCCAAUGGUGUGUAUGACCCGCCGGUGUAUGUCCCUCCGGUGUAUGUCCGCACCGGUUAUGUCCCUCCGGUGUAUGUCCCGCCCGGUGUAUGCCCCUCAGUGUAUGUCCUGGCGGUGUAUGUCCCUUUGGUGUAUGUCUCCCCGCUGUAUUUAUCCCCGUGUAUGUCCCCCCGGUGUAUGUCUCCCCCGCUGUAUUUACUCCUGGUGUAUGUCACCCCGGUGUAUGUCCCCCUGGUGUAUGUCCCCCGGGUGUAUAUCCCCCCGGUGUACGUCGCCCACAGUUAUAUGUUCGCCCGGUGA